CUUGCUUGGUCACACUGCUCGUCCAGGUUCCACGUCAAGCGCCGGAAAAAAAACACGACAACUUGCAUUUAUUUAAUUUAUCUGGCGACCGGACGAACGGAAUUCGAGCAAGAUGGUGAGCCUGGUGCAGGAGAUCGACACCGAGCACGAGGACAUGGUCCACCACGCGGCGCUGGACUUCUACGGCCUGCUGCUGGCCACCUGCUCCUCGGACGGCAGCGUCCGCAUCUUCCACUCGCGCAAGAACAACAAGGCGCUGGCGGAGCUUAAAGGACACCAAGGACCCGUGUGGCAGGUGGCAUGGGCCCAUCCCAAGUUCGGCAACAUCCUGGCCUCGUGCUCCUACGACCGCAAGGUGAUCGUCUGGAAGUCCACAACGCCCAGGGAUUGGAUUAAGCUCUAUGAAUACAGCAACCACGACUCGUCGGUGAACUCGGUGGAUUUCGCCCCAUCGGAGUACGGAUUGGUGCUGGCUUGUGCCAGUUCGGAUGGCUCCAUUUCGGUGCUCACCUGCAACACGGAGUACGGUGUGUGGGACGCCAAGAAGAUACCGAAUGCCCACACCAUCGGAGUGAAUGCCAUCUCGUGGUGCCCGGCACAGGCUCCGGAUCCGGCAUUUGACCAGCGGGUAACCUCGCGAUCGACGGCCGUGAAACGCCUGGUGAGCGGUGGAUGCGAUAAUCUGGUGAAGAUCUGGCGCGAGGACAACGACCGCUGGGUGGAGGAGCAGCGCCUGGAGGCGCACUCCGAUUGGGUGCGCGAUGUGGCCUGGGCGCCGUCGAUCGGUCUGCCACGAUCGCAGAUUGCCACGGCUUCGCAGGAUCGCCAUGUGAUCGUGUGGAGCAGCAACUCAGAUCUGACACAGUGGACUUCGAGUGUGUUGCACACAUUCGAUGAUGCCGUGUGGAGCAUCUCGUGGUCCACCACCGGCAAUAUUCUGGCCGUCACUGGUGGGGAUAAUAAUGUCACGCUGUGGAAGGAGAACACCGAAGGCCAGUGGAUCCGCAUCAACUACGAGUCUGGCACGGCCAUCCAGUCCAAGCAGCCCUCGCACCUUCCCCAUUCCCACUCCCAGCAGCAGCAGCAGGCGCCUCAGCAGCAGCAGCACCAGCAGCAGGCGCCUUCCCAUCCUGGUCCAUCUUCGGACUCGGAGCACAGCUCGAACCUGUCCAACUCGCAGCUCUCCAACUGAGCAAUCCCGUGAAGAAGUGCUAAAGUCGUGGUCAGAAGUGUUAUCUUACAAAUAUAUGCUAUACUAAAUACAAAAUAAUGUUCCCCCUAUAAA